AAGCGCCUGUGGAGGUGAAGCAAACUUUUUAAAAUCUCUUUCUAGCUGAAUGUAAAUAAGACAACGAUUCUCCGCGGAAGCGCCUGUUCGGAAGGCUCUCCACACAGAGUUUUGAGAAGAACCUGAUGUUUGAAGACGUCUCCAAAAAAAGAGAACCCUGUUCUAACACUGUGUGUGAAAGUAAAGAAUUUCUAACCAAUCAUGGCCAACGAAACUGUGGAAACCUCAUGUACCGAGGAAGAUGACUUCCAUGAAAACAUUCCACCCGGGCCCAGUGGGACUCUCUGCACCGUGUCAACCCCAGCUUCAACAAAUCAAGGCAAAGUAAAUCCACCGCUCCCUGAAAUGCCGUCUGCUCUAACGCCAUUUUUUAAAUACAUGAAUAUUGCCAAUAAGUGCCAUUCUCCAAAACCCUUAAAAUGUGUGAACAAUCCUGUUCAGGGUGUGCCUGAGUUGCGUUUUGGUGCUGGUGGCUCGGGUUCAGCUUCAGCUUCAAGUUGGCUCUUUGAUGAAGUUUUACCAGAGAUGAGUUUCCUUGAUGAUACAUGUGACUUGGGUUCACCCUGUAACAGUCGCCUGUGUGCGACCAGCAACGCCUCUCAUCCUGUGAUUGUCACUGCAGUCAAAACCCCUCCUGAAAAGAGUCCCGAAGCCCCUCCUGAAUUAUUCAGUCGUGACGUCAGACUGUCCUGGCUGGAUGUUAAGAACUUUUCAGAAAUUACCCUCCUUGAUGAGACGCAUGAAAAUCAGUCACCACCAGCUGCACAAAUGCUUCCCAACAAUUCUAACCAGGGUGUUGAAUUCAACGACUCUACGUCAAAGCUCAGUGGACCAACAGAUCCACAACCUGGUCAGUCAGCCGUCAGUCAGAGUGAGGAGUCGCCACGUUUGAGUGUCCAGUCAGACAAGUGUGUGGAGGACAACCCACCGAAAACAUCCUUGGUCGACAAUCCAGACGUUACAGGGGGCAGUGUUUUGGAAAGCAGCAAAUCUCGAUUGGAGAAAAGAGGAGAAACUUUUGACGAAAUUCAGAUGUCAUCAUUGGAAAAUACAUCAUGUUCCCAACCAGCAAACAUAACGUACAAUUUAAGCUGUGGAAGCAUGUCUGCUCAGGAUGCACAGUUGUCUACCUCAGAUAUGAAGUGUAACCCAAACACCACCAAGACGCCGCCGAGCCCAAGCACAGCUGGUGCUGCAAAUGGCACAUUUACACUUUCGCAACCAUCGAAUGGCACAUUUACACUUUCGCAACCAUCAAAUGGCACAAUUACACUUUCGGACCAAUCAAAUCUGAGUCUCUCUUCUGUGUUAAGCGGUACCGCUCCAAUGUCUCCUCUUCAGAAUCACACGAUUGAUUUACCCCAACCUGAUGUGAUGAAUCCGGAAAUGAAGAGCGAUGCUGCGGAUCACACACGUUCAUUCCCCACUGAAAUGCCCCUCAUUAAGAAUCCCAUGUGCUCUGCUGUUAGAGAAAGUGAUUCAAGUGAUGUGCCACACAGCUCUACAGAAAGCCGAUCUCCUCAGAAAUGCAGUGGAAGCCCUGCUGUGGAGGAACCCGUUGCGCUCCAAAACACUGUUGAGUGUGAGAAACUAUCAACACAGAACGUCUCAGUAAGUUUGUUAGAGUCGAGCUCAACUGACCACCAUCAGGAAAAGAUGGACAAGCACUCUCCUCAAACCUGUAAUCUAACCACGAGCCUUAAAGAAGGCCCUCCAGAGGAGUCUGGGAGUAGUGGGACAGGAUCUGCCACAAAUCCGACUGAUGAAGCCGGCAAGCGUGAAGACAUAUGUGAAGUUGAUCCGGUUUUAGGUGCGUCGCCAGCAGCUGCUCGACGUGAAAGUGAAGAUCACUCCAAAUCUGGACUCGCUUUAUUUGAUUACUCCGCCAACUCCAUCAACCAUCAAAGCUUAAUUACAGAGACCAGCAAAGCUCACACCUUCGAUCUAGAUGAGACUUUAGAUUUGGAGGGGAAGGCUCUUGUCACUUCAACACCAAUAGUAAACUGUAAAGUGUUGAGCGGAAUUCCCCAGCAUGAGGAGGGCAGGAACCCAGCAGUACAGAAAAAGCUGCUGGAUGAAGAUCCCGUCAAACCCGCUGCUCAGGCGGCGCCUCAAGCUCUGCCAAACCUCGCCAGUGACCAUAAAGCACUGUUGAAGCAGCAAACCAGCGUUGCAAAACCACGUCUCCCUCCUCCAAAGCGUGCAUCAGAAUUGUUGAAGAACAGAGCGGCCUCCGCUCUUCCAGGACGUUUCCAGCUGGUGACCUCUGGCCCGCCCAUGACGAGGCAAAGACUCCAAGCAGAGGCUUCCAGAAAUGCAGCUGCUUCCGACGCACCAAAGAGGACCAUGGGAACGUCGGGCUCCUACAACUUGCGUGCUACAACAACAGGAUUAAAACUCCCAGGCUCGGGUUUGCCGAGGCCACAACAGAAUGGUAUUCCUUCAGGCAUCCAGAGAAUGGCCUCAGGUCUUAAAAAGCCUUCAGCCAGGGGCAUUGCACAAGCUCCUGAGAAACUCCCUGAACCUGCAGUGAUGCCAUCGACUGCUGCUGCCUCAUCAACUGCUUCUGAUGCUGCCAGCAGAGCCAGGGCCCUGAAACCGGCUAUAAAAAGUCAAAAAGCCGGGACUACGAAAUCCCAGGCUCAAGCUGCAACUCCUGGGCCAAAGACUUUACAAUCAAAGAAGCAUCCGUUGCCGAGAAACGAAGCCGUGCCGUCAUCAAAGAAGCCAAAAAUGGAUGCUGUUUCAUCACGCAACCCUGAGUCCUCGGCAGCUUGUCAGACCGACGGUUGCAAUGACCAAACAUGCGAUGCGGCAGUGCCAUCAAGUGCUGCCGGGUCGUCAUCUGGUUGUGAUGCUGCCACCAGAGCCCUGAAACCGCCGGCAAAGACUCAGAAAGCGGUGACGACUAAAUCCCAGGCUCAUGGUUGUGCCAACUGCACUCUGUUGGAAAAGCAAAACAAAGUGAUGGCCGAAGAAAACAAAGUGAUGGCAGAAGAAAUAAAGAGGCUGAACGAAGAGCUGCUGAAAUUACAGACAAGAAAAUAAAAGAAAUGGACUCAAAUGUUAUUUUAAAAGUUGUAUUUUUUUUAAUCAAGAAUGUAUUUAAUAAAGAACAUUUUAGUCACGAAGAAUGUGCAC